UGGGCGUGUCGUCCCGGGAACGCCCCUCUGGCCGGGCUAUAAUUCCCCCCGAGCUCCCGGCGGCAGCCGGCGGGCGGAGACGCGCGCCUGGCAGCGGACAUGGACCUCGCGGUCCUGUGGCUGGGGCUUCUUCUGCCGGUCGUGACCGCCCUGGAUUUCCGAUACCACCACCAGGAAGAGAUGGAGGCGUUCCUAAAGAGCGUUGCUCAGAACUACAGUUCGAUCACGCACUUGCACAGCAUCGGGAAAUCUGUGAGAGGUAGAAACCUGUGGGUUCUCGUUGUGGGGCAGUCUCCAAAGGAACACAGAGUUGGGAUUCCAGAAUUCAAAUAUGUGGCUAAUAUGCAUGGGGAUGAGACUGUGGGGCGAGAAUUGCUGCUCCACCUGAUCGACUAUCUGGUGAGAAGUCACGGGAACGAUGCCGACAUCACACAUCUGAUCAACAGCACUAGGAUCCACAUCAUGCCUUCCAUGAACCCAGAUGGAUUUGAAGCCGUCAAGAAGCCCGACUGUUACUACAGUAAUGGGAGGGAAAAUUUCAACCAUUAUGACCUGAACAGAAACUUCCCUGAUGCCUUUGAAAGUAAUAACGUGUCAAAGCAGCCGGAGACACUGGCAGUCAUGAAGUGGCUGAAAACCGAGACGUUUGUCCUCUCUGCGAAUCUCCAUGGGGGCGCCCUGGUGGCCAGUUACCCCUUCGAUAAUGGCGUGCAAGCUACGGGGGCGCUGUUGUCCCGAAGUCUAACUCCAGAUGAUGACGUUUUUCAACACCUCGCAUACACCUAUGCUUCCCGGAAUCCCAAUAUGACUAAAGGAGAUCAGUGUAAAAACAAGCGGCACUUCCCCAACGGCAUCACUAACGGGUACUCCUGGUAUCCACUGCAAGGUGGAAUGCAGGAUUACAACUACAUUUGGGCCCAGUGUUUUGAGAUCACGUUGGAGCUGUCGUGCUGCAAAUACCCUCGAGAAGAGAAGCUGCCAUUGUUUUGGGAUGAUAACAGAGCCUCGUUGAUCGAAUAUAUAAGACAGGUGCACCUAGGUAUAAAGGGUCAAGUGUUUGAUCAGAGUAGAAAUCCAUUGCCAAAUGUAAUCGUGGAAGUCCAAGACAGAAAACAUAUCUGCCCGUUUCGAACCAACAAACUUGGAGAGUACUACCUGCUUCUCUUGCCGGGGUCCUACGUCAUCAACGUAACAGUCCCUGGACAUGACCCACACCUCACAAAGCUGACCAUUCCAAGGAAAUCCCAGACCUUCAGCGCUCUUAGAAAGGAUUUUCACCUCCCGUUGCGAGGGCGUCUGGAUCCCAACCUCGUAUCAGAGCCUUCGUGCCCGACGAUUCCUCUGUACAAACUAAGGCCAAACCGCUCGGCGGCAACAAAGCCUAGUUUGUUCCUGUUCUUCGUGACUCUUUGCUACAUAUUUUUCAAAUAAAGUAAACUGUGAAACUCAAGCCCCAUCACCGCCUAGAAUCAGGGAUUGGUUACUCCAGGUUAGGGCAACUGUCCCUCUUGUGAGACCGCAGUGGGAUAAACUCCACUGUUUUCCCCAAGAGGAAGAAAACGGGAUGUUUCCAAGCUCAGCGGUGACAAAGGCGAUCCUCAGUCUGGACGAAUGGAGGCCGCUGCCUCGCAAGAGCCGCCCACAUACACACCACCCAGACGGAGUCCCGGAAAUCUGUAAGAAACUGGAGAAGCAAAACAGACAUCCCUAGAAGGAAAAAAAAAAAAGUUAAGUUUUGUACACAGAAACCCAAAUGGAUGGACACUUCUGGUUACCCACGAUGUGCGACCUUGCCAUGGUGCCAUUUGUAAAGAGCUGGUACUACGUAUAAACGGUUCUCCCCAAAGGAAGAAAUUUCUAGAUAACAGAACUAAGGACGUCUACUCUUCCGGUGUUCUAAGAGGAAAAGAGAGGAAAUGGGCAAACAUGCCUGAUGUGUGUGUAGAGCAGAACACAUGAGGUGGCCCCUGCCUCCUUGCACCGCAGUCCUGUUAAGAUGACAUCAUCGAGUCCCAGAUGCAUGGCAAGCUGCUCACUAGACACAGCCGCCUGGGUACAACCCGUGGGAACCUCACCUCAUCACUGAAAGCUGCUGUACGGAUCCAUCCCAUCCUCUCCCUCACUGCUGACCCAGCUUCACGGUCUCUUGCUCCUGGAUAUCUCUUUGCCAGGUCCAUCUUCCACACAGCACUGGAGGAGGGUGCCACACCUUGUUUCCCAUUCAGUAAAACUGCAUUCCAGGCAUCACCAUCACCCGGAAGCCUUGCCAUUCCUAGCGCGUGUAGUUCCGGGCCUCCGGACCCUUCGAACGCGCUGUCUACUUCAUGCUGGCCUUCUCUAGGACGGCAUGAGCUCUCUGAAGCCAGGAUCUGCUUGUUGGAAAAGUCCGCUCCUGUAUCCUCAGAGCCUAGCACAAAAUAGGAAAUAAAUGGUUGGGGGAGGUGUUUCAGCCAGCUGCUACAGACCUUACUAGAACUGUAGCAAUUUGAGCAGUUUUAUGAAAUUAAGUUUUAUGUUUUGCAACAUCCAGCUCACUAGUGUGUACACACACACACAUACAAACACACACAGAGGGAGGGAGAGAGAGAGAGAGAGAGAGAGAGAGAGAGAGAGAGAGAGAGAGAGAGAGAGAGAGAGAGAGAGAGAGGAGAGAGGAGAGAGGAGAGAGGAGAGAGGAGAGAGGAGAGAGACUUUUCGUGGAUACGUCAGGAAAACAUUCCAGAGAUAUGCGAGUAAGCACACUGUAAGGGCUGCUGAGAGGGCGAUUGCUCGCUGUUAGCCGCACUGCGCACUGCCUUCUAGACCAGAAAGAAAAAAAUUCAUACAAUCAGUUUGAAGUAGAAAUGCCACCUGUGAAAGUAAAUUUAUGCUAACUCAUUGCAAGAAUUAAGAGAUUCCCAGCACUCAGGAUCAGGAGACAGAGGCAGGGGGAUCUCUGAAUUCCAGGCCAGCAGGGCUACACAGCAAGAGACACUGUCUCAAAAAUAGAUAAGUAGAUAAAUAAGAAUAAAGCUCAAACAGAAAAACCAAGCAGCAACUCUGGUGUGCAGGUUCCUGGAUGCUGUGCAUCUUCCAUGGCAACUGCAUCACCCGGUGAAACCUCGCGGGGCUUGGCACAUGGGGAAGGCUUGAGACUCUAACAGACUGAAGAGACAUGUGCGCAUCUGAUGCCUUUUCUUGGUGCCAAACUUAUUCUAUAUUUUAAUAUCAAUAGUAUUUGUAGUUUUUAACCACUUCAAAAUUUGAAAAUAGCAUGAAUAUCUGGAAAGCACAUAUUAAUACUUCAGAAAGUGGUUUGGUAUAGUACAUUUAAAGUAGAGAAGACUAAGCCAGGUGUGGUAGCUGAUGCCUGUAAUCCCAGCUCUUGGGAAGAAAGUCAAGACGAGCCUGGACUGUAAGUGAGACCCAUCUUAGAAAGACAAAAAUAAUUAAAUUUGUAAGCGCAGACUUGGUUUGCAAUGUGGUCAGGGUGGCUCUAAAUGCAGACACCCUUUCCCUGGGAAGUUUUUAAAAAAAAUGAGCUAUUUUCUGAAUGGGCUCAUGGGCCUAAUAGAAAACUUAUUACCGAAAUAACUUGCACACAGAUGUGUCUUAUUGGAGACUGGCCCAGGCCUUGGCGCACGCGGGGAAAGUGAUCUGAGCCACAGCUACUUUUUUGUUCUGUUACUUUCUGUUUUGACACAGGGUCUCAUUAGAUUGUGUAGGCUGGACUUGGAACUCAUCGUAAUCCAAGUUGGCAUUGAAUUCAAUCUGCCUGCCUCAGCCUCCGGAGCAGCUAUUACCACGAUGUCUUUCUUAAGAUGAUAUUUAAAUCAGAAAUCUGUAUCAAAACCCAGCAUAGUCAGUUAAACAGGGUGAGGAGGUGUAGCUUGGUGACAGUGUGCCUAGCAUAUACGAAGUCUUGGGUCCAGUCUCCACUAAGUACUCCCACCCUCAAGACAAAACAUGACCGUGAAAUUAUUCUCUGGUCUGGGUCCUCAGAUCUCCCCAGCGCCUGUCCCUGUGUGUCCUCUAGCCUGGUGGAUGCGCUUUGAGAUUCCCAGUUCAGGUGUAACCCUUGUACAGAGAAGUCAGAGCAGGGUGAUGGAGACCCAUGCUCCACCGCACUCCUGACACAGACCACAUUUCGGUGCUCCUCCAGGGAGAGAAAGCACAGCUAGCAUUUGGGUGAGAAACUACUCUGAAGGCAGUACACCCACCUUAUUAAAGGUGAGCUGAAAACUGAAAUACUGGUUAGCAAGAACCUUGUUAUUUUAAAGGAAACUUUUACAAGUUCACCUGUGUGCCUAUUGAAACAGAUGGGUGAAAUUGCAGCACUCGGGAGGCAGAGGCAGGUGGGUCUCUUGAGUUUAAGGCCAUCCUGGUCUACAUAGUCCCAGGAUAGUCAGAGCUACUUAAGAGAGACCCUGCCACACACACACGAAGAUGGGUGAAAGGUGGGGGUGUCUAGAGAAACACAAGCUGGUGCUUUUCACCCAAUAAACUGCUGAGUGACUCGGACAUGUCUGGCCUCCUCUCCACUUCUCAAUGUCUUUCAAGAAUCAAUGCCAUGCUUUGUUCCGGAAGCGAACUUGUACGUGUAAUUGGUCUCUAAAAAUGGUGCACACCAGCUCUACUUUCCGACAUAUGAACUGAUGCUGGGUGCAGUCGGUUUCCUGGAGCGUGUACAGGUCCGCAUGGCAGCAGCAGGUUGAGAAGACAAGCUAAUGGCUGUUUGAGAGCUCACGUCUGCCUGCCUGUGGCCUGGGUGUGUGGGGGCGGUGGCCAGAUUAGGUAAGGAACACUGUGCUCUGGGUACCCUACAACAGAGUUCACAUGCCCGGGCUUACUCUAGACUUAUGUCACUAAUAAGCAGAUACUGUACUGUGUUACAGACCAUUUUAUAUUUUAGCACACAGGCCACCCCACAGCCCUUAGCGGCUUCUUGCUGUUCUUUUAUUACAAGCAUCUCAGUGAUUCUUAGCAUUAAAAGACCAGUAGCAAGAUGCUCAAAUUGAACCGGGUGGUGGUGGCUCACACCUUUAAUCCCAGCACUUGGGAGGCAAAGGCAGACAGAUCUCCAGGAGUUCAAGGCCAGUCUGGUCUACAGAGCUAGUUCCAGGACAGCCAGUGCUACAAAGAGAAAAAUGUGUCUUGGAAAACAAAAAAUUAAAAAAAAAAAAUGCUCAGAUUGUCUAAGAUUGUAACAUUUGCUGUGGAGGGGCCAUGACUACCUCUGAGCUUAUUAAAUUUACAUUGUCAAUAAGGAA